CUUUGUUAAAAACAGUAGAAGAAGAAACAGUGUUAUGUAGAUGUCUAUUACCCUUAGCGGUCACUUGGAUCAACCGGACUGAAAUAUCCCAAAGUGUGCCUUUAGAGCUAGCCGGCUAAGCUAACGUCUGGGCUCGGACUGUGUGGAUCCUCUGACACGAUGCUAGCUCGGAUGUUAUAUUCUCUUCUAAACAACCUCCAUGUCGUCGAGAAGUUGGCAGAAUCCCGUCCGAUCCGGAGGGCGGCCCAGAUCACCGCUUACGCCAUCACCAAGGCUCAGAUAGCCGGCCAGGGCGCCUCACAGCGGGUCCUCAGGUCCCAGACGCUGCGGCAGGUCCGGGAGGAGGCGAGUAAAGUCCCCGGGGACCUGGGCCAGAUGGGCGGCCGCAUCAGGAAAGUGGGAGAAACGUUCGUGAAUGAAGUGAAGGAGGGAUGGAAAGACGGGUCCAGACAGAUCAAGAAAUAAAGAGAAGCGGAUCUAUACUGUAAAGACUUCAGAUUUAAUGCACAAGCUGACCUCAUGUCAGAUCAUCAGGGACUGAAGGAGGAACAGGACAGUUUAAGAAUUCAGUGUGUCCCACCCAGCUGCUGCAUGUGGUUGACAUCAGAGAGUUUUAGACACUCAUUCAACUGCCAUUGUUGGUGAUGUUAGAUACUACAGAGAACUACACUGACCUUCACCCUAAAGGAAGAUAAUUUAUAAUAAACAGUGGUGGCUGAGAAAUGUAUUCACAUGUUUGAUGUUGAUUGUAACAGACAGAUGAUCAAGUAAAGGGGAAACCUGA